UUUGCUUCCUCACACGUGCCUGUCCCGGACUGUUUCUGGGCUGAAGCGGUUGGUGUGUACCUGAUUCUCUGAGUUUAUUUUUGAAUGGCUCCGCUUUCUGGGCUGCAGCAUUUUUAGUCACUGCAUUUUGUUGUUGACAUUUUACAGGGCAGUGGGUAGCAAAGUUAAUGUAAUAAUUUUAUUAAUUGCUGCCAAGAGUUUUCACACCAAUGUCUUCUACCGCUUCUUGCACUUGGACCCGGACAUAACUGGGCUGUCACUUUCCCGGGUGGUUCCAGCCUGUUCCAUGCAACAGGCUCCUUUGUUGCAAAAGCAUUUUUAACUGGUAAAUCCUCGCAGCAGCUCACAUCUCCCACCCUGGGAAGAAGAUUCCCAGAGACCCGGAGCUGAUUAUUCUUUACGUGUGUUUUAAAAUAAGCAGGCGGGCCGGCGGCAUUGGGCCACCAUGGAGUUCCCCGUGCGGGCAGGCGAGCCCGCGCUUCUCCCGUCCCAGGGUGGAUCCGGCCUCCUCCGCCCUCCUCUAGGGCCAACCCUGGGGGCCAGCGCGCGGGGCAGGAUGACAGUGAAGUUGGGCGACGGCGGCAGCGGGGAGGACGGGCUCAAGAAGCUGGGCAAGCGGGCGGCCGAUGAGGAGUCCCUGGAAGGAGAAGGGGCCGGCGGCGCAGACGCGGCCGAGGAGAGCAGCGGCACAAAGAGGGACGAGAAGACCCCCCGGGCCGGCGCCGACGGCGCCCCCGCGCCCCCCGGCGCGCCGCAGGCGUCUUCCCCGCCGCAAGGCAGCCCCCAGGACCAGCACCACUUCCUCCGGUCCAGCGUGCGGCCGCAGAGCAAGAGGCCCAGGAAGGACCCUCCGAGCGCCCUGGGGAGCGGCAACGCCGGUGGCUCGGGGCCCCGCGGAAAAGGAGCUGAAGCUGGUGGAUCAUCGUCUGGAAAUGUGUCUGGGGUUGCCCCUGUGGCCCCUGCAGGGGGCUCGCGCUCCUCCUCCCGGAACUUAGGGUCUUCUGGUGGCGAGAAGGAAGAAGGCAAAAAGGUCCGGCGGCAGUGGGAGUCGUGGAGCACAGAGGACAAGAACACCUUCUUCGAGGGGCUGUAUGAGCAUGGGAAAGACUUCGAAGCGAUUCAGAACAACAUUGCGCUGAAGUACAAGAAGAAAGGCAAGCCAGCGAGCAUGGUGAAGAACAAGGAGCAGGUCCGCCACUUCUACUACCGCACCUGGCACAAGAUCACCAAGUACAUCGACUUUGACCAUGUGUUCUCUCGAGGCCUGAAGAAGUCAUCCCAGGAACUGUAUGGCCUGAUCUGCUAUGGCGAGCUGCGCAAGAAGAUCGGGGGCUGUAUGGAUGACAAGAAUGCAACAAAGCUGAAUGAACUCAUUCAGGUUGGGGCCACCACUGUACGCUACAAAGGGCGGAACCUGCGGAUCAAAGCGCCCAUGUGCCGGGCCCUGAAGAAGCUCUGCGAUCCGGAUGGUUUGAGUGAUGAAGAGGACCAGAAGCCAGUGCGCCUGCCUCUGAAAGUCCCUAUAGAGCUACAGCCACGGAACAACCACGCCUGGGCCCGCGUACAGAGCCUUGCCCAGAACCCGCGCCUCAGGAUGAUCGUGGAGCUGCAUCGAAAGGUCUCCAGCCUCAUCGAGUUCUUGAAGCAGAAGUGGGCACUCCAUGAGGUGCGAGUUCGGAAGACACUCGAGGAGCGGCAGCUGCAGGACUCAUGCUCUGCACUGACGCAGGAGAAGGUGACACUGCACUUGUUCCCAGGCGAGAACUGCACACUGACGCCGCUGCCGGGCGUGGCCCGCGUGGUGCACUCCAAGGCCUUCUGCACAGUGCACUGGCAGGAGGGUGGCCGGUGCAAGCAGAGUGCCAAGGACGCCCACGUGCUGCCCCCAGCCCAGAUCCUGGGCAUCCAGAGUGGGCAGGGCACCGCCCGGGGCCAGGUGAAAUGCCCACGGGGUGGAGCUGAGGGCAAGGGUGUGGGGCGGCCCCCUCCUGUGGCUGAUGCCUCACAGAGCUCCGGAGAGAGUUCCCCCGAAAGCGCCCCUGGGGAGGGGGCCGCCCUAAGCUUGAGCAGCCCGGACGCUCCCGACAGGCCUCCUCCCAGGCACCAGGACACCGGGCCAUGUCUUGAGAAGACCCCUGCAGAAGGCAGGGACAGUCCCACCCGGGAGCCAGGGGCCUUGCCGUGUACCUGUGGCCAGCUCCCAGACCUGGAGGACGAGCUCUCGCUCCUAGACCCCUUGCCCCGCUACCUGAAGUCCUGUCAGGACCUCAUUGUCCCCGAGCAGUGCCGCUGUGCGGACACACGGCCUGGGAGCGAGCAGCCCCCUCCAGGCGGGGUGACCUCCCCAGAGGUGCUGGCUCCUGUCAGCAAGGAGGCUGCUGACCUUGCUCCCACUGGCCCAUCCCCAAGGCCCGGCCCCGGGCUCCUGCUGGAUGUUUGCACUAAAGACUUGGCAGAUGCACCCGCAGAGGAGCUCCAGGAGAAGGGGAGCCCCGUGGAGCCUCCGCCGCCUCAGGGACAGCCUGCCGCCAGGCCCCCAAAGGAGGUCCCCGCCAGCCGGCUGGCUCAGCAGCUCCGUGAGGAGGGCUGGAACCUGCAGACCUCCGAAAGCCUCACGCUGGCCGAAGUCUACCUCAUGAUGGGCAAGCCCAGCAAGCUGCAGCUAGAGUACGACUGGCUGGGGCCCGGCCGCCAGGACCCCCGCCCUGGCUCCCCGCCCACCACCCUCCACAAGCAGCGCCUCCUCAGCUGCCUCCUGAAGCUCAUUUCCACCGAGGUCAACCCCAAGCUGGCUCUGGAAGCAAACACCGUCUCCACAGCCUCGGUGAGGCCCAUCCAGGAGGAGCAGUCAGUGACGCCCCCAGGGAAGGUGGUGACCGUCAGCUCUCGCAGCCCCCGCUGCCCUCGGAACCAGGCUUCCCUCCGCAGCAGCAAGACCUUCCCACCCAGCUCGGCACCCUGCUCCUCAGGUUUGAGAAACCCUCCAAGACCCCUCUUGGUGCCUGGUCCCUCCGGCACAGGAAGCAGUGACUCAGAUGGCGGCCUUUUUGCUGUCCCGACAACCUUGCCACCCAACAGCCGACAUGGGAAGCUCUUCUCUCCCAGUAAAGAAGCGGAGCUGACUUUCCGCCAGCAUCUGAGCUCCAUCAGCAUGCAGUCGGAUUUCUUCCUGCCAAAGCCCCGGAAGCUGCGGAACCGGCACCUGCGGAAGCCACUGGUAGUCCAGAGAACACUGCUCCCUAGACCAUCGGAAAACCAGUCCCACAACGUUUGUUCCUUCUCCAUCCUGUCUAACUCUUCCGUAACUGGGAGAGGUUCGUUCCGGCCCAUCCAGUCUUCUCUGACCAAAGCAGCUCUGUCUCGGCCGAUCGUGCCCAAGGUCCUUCCACCCCAGGCCACGAGUCACCUGGCCAGUGCUAUCGACUUAGCAGCUACAAGUGCCGGCAUCCUCUCUGGGAACCCCCUCCCUGCCUUGGACACCGAGGGCUUGUCUGGCAUCUCUCCACUGUCUUCAGACGAGGUGACAGGCGCCAUCUCGGGGCAGGACUCCACUGGAACUCACCAGGAUGGAGACGCCCUCCCCGCUGUGGGGGGCUCCGACCCGUUCGUCAGCAUCCCUUCGAGGCCUGAGCAGGAACCAGUGGCAGACGGUUUCCAGCAGGGCUCGCCUGUUCUGUCCUUAUCUGAGCUGCCUAAGGCCCCUCUCCAGAAUGGCCUCUCCACACCACUAUCCUCGUCAGAGGGCUCCAGCACCCGACUAUCUCCACCAGAUGUCUCUGCUCUGCUCGACAUCUCCCUGCCUGGCCCGCCUGAGGAUGCGCUGUCACAGGGCGAGCCUGCCACACACAUUAGUGACUCCAUCAUUGAGAUCGCCAUCAGCUCCGGUCAGUACGGUGAAGGGGUCCCUCUUUCUCCAGCAAAACUGAACGGCAGUGACAGUUCCAAGAGCCUUCCCUCCCCGUCCAGCAGCCCCCAGCCACACUGGAUUGCCUCUCCCACCCACGACCCCCAGUGGUACCCCAGUGAUUCCACCGACUCCUCGCUCAGCAGCCUGUUUGCAAGCUUCAUCUCCCCAGAGAAGAGCCGCAAGAUGUUGCCAACUCCCAUUGGGACCAACAGUGGGACCUCCUUGCUUGGCCCCAGCUUGUUGGACGGAAACUCGCGGGACUCAUUUGUGUCCAGGUCCCUGGCUGAUGUCGCAGAGGUUGUGGAUUCCCAGCUGGUAUGCAUGAUGAACGAAAACAGCAUUGAUUACAUUUCUCGGUUCAACGACCUGGCCCAAGAGUUGUCCAUCGCUGAGCCUGGCCGCCGAGAAGCUCUGUUUGAUGGUGGUGGAGGCGGCCCAGCUGUCAGUGACCUGUCCCAGUGACCACACGUCCUGGUGGCGGAUAAAGCCCUCUUCGAGCUAGAGAAAAAUAGAUCAAGCCCAGCAGCCCCAAAAGAUGGUCUGAACACAGGCGUCUCUGCAGCCCAGACUGUGCAACAGGCAGGAACGUGGCCACAGAGCUGCUUCCCUACAAGCAGCAGGCAGCAGCAUCCAAGGAGACUAGGACGAAUUCUUGGGAAGGGCCAGUGUUAGAAAUCACUGUGGUGCUAGAGCCGUUCUUCACCACGCCCAUGUUAGGGUCUGCAUAGUGAUCCCAUUUCAGCCCGUGCUCUGCCUCGAUUGUUGUGUUGGACGUUCCGGUGGCAUUUCCUUCUGAGACAAGGGAGUAUGUGUGCCUUGGUGUAGUUGCUGUGCACUAGGAGCUGUGAUCUCCCUCUCUGCAGGGAGACCCCAGCCCCUGCUGCUUGCUUUCUGCCAAACCUGUGCCAUUCAUCAGCUGUGCCCUCUGUGGACUGUAACGGGCAGGACAGUUGGAUGUGGCCUGGGUUCGUGCCGGUGGUGUCACACCCCAAGGCAGCAAGCGCGCGGAUGCCGAUCGCAGGGCUGCUGCGGAGUCCUGGGGACCUGGGCUGGUGCCUCCCCUCCCUAGAGGUUUUGUUCGGACUCUUACCAGGGAGUGGGGGCAGGAAGAGUCCUGUACUGUGCAGGUUGUGUGGACUUUACGUGGGACCCUGCUAAGGUGGUUGAAAACGUUUUUCUUGUGUUUUAAGGAUUAGGAGACAUGGAAGAGGAAGAACGAAGUCCCCUCUGUAGUUGGUUUCCUUCCUGUGUCCCUUCGCAAGCUUCCAGGUGAUCUAAGGUGUCAUUUCUCCCUCCUGGGUCGACCCUUAAGUGCUAAUAUGAUCACAGCGAAGACUUUCCUCAUAAGUUCUUAAAUUCAAUGUGUGAUUGAUUGGCACUUGAGACAAAUCUGCCUUUGCAGGGAAAGUGUCUCUCACGGGCACUGGUGUGGGCAUGCCAGACAUACGUGUUCAGUCCCUUGCAUACCUUUGCCUUGAGACUUCUGUGUCUCCUUCCCAUUUGGGACACCCAGGCGAGGGCCCAGACAUCUAGAUGUGGUCAGACCUCUCCAAAUGUAUGCCUUAGUGGUGGUCUCCCUCCUUGCGCCCUCUCGGGUGGCCAGUGUUCCUACUGUAGACGGCCCAACAUCCAGUCUUUCCCCAGGACAGAGCUAACAAGGGCCCCUUUGCCUUCUCAGCCUCAGGAGUUCCAAGCACAUGAGUCACCGUCCAGCUACAUCCAGUGUGGCCUGGAGCUGCUACAGAGGUGUUGGGCAGGCCAUACCUGUGCCGCCAUCUUUCCCCUCCUGCCUCAUUUCAUCCCCCGCGGCAUCCAGGAUUGAUUGUGCUUUCCUAACCUACUUGGACCUACUCUCCCUCCUCCCUACCAUUCCUCUUCCCCGACACGUAGCACGCAGCGGCCCUCAAGGCCAGCCCUAGCCCCUCCACUGCUUCUCUCCUCAUCCACAGUGGAGGAGGUGAAAAGAGGAGGGAAAGGCCUUUGGUGUGGACAAGCAGGUGGCUGCCCUCUGUCCUGCAGUCUCAGCAGCCCACCACAGCCACUGUAGACCACAGGCAGGCCCUGCACUGCACCAAUGGGAGGACGUGGAGAGGACAGUGGACUUCCGGGCAAGAGCUUCCUUCUUUUGUCUCACAAGUUUUUCUUAGAGCUCUUGCCUGAGCUGGCUUCCCUCCUUCAGACCUUGGCAUGAGAUCUUAAGCAAACAGUCCCAAACCUCUUGGGGGUGAAAAGAAAAACGUGGUGCCCCUUGACUGGGGGAGAGAGAGCAGUGUUUGAACCACAGCGCUUGUGUUUUGUGCUAAAUAUACCAGCUUCCGAAAUUAGCAUCUCAUUGAGCCAGAGAAGACAAGGAGAUCUCGACCUCUGUGUAUCUGGCUUUGCUGCGUCUCUAGAGGAUUAGGAUACCAGGCCGAGUUCAGACCACUGCUAGCUUUCUCAUACUCCCACAGGCUGGACCAGGGAUGCCAAGUCCUAACAGCACUGAGCUACGUGUGCUUUUGCCAGUGACAGGAGGGUUUGUGAACUGCUUGUCAGGGCACCUUUUACCCCCUGACAGCUAAGUGGGGUGAAGUUUUGGAGGUCAGGAUCUGCUUUUGUAGGCUCUUUAGACAGCACCUACCACUUGGUGCUCCAGCGUGGACUCGUGGGAGCAGCCGACUGCAGCCGUUGCCGUCCAGUGGGGAGAUGGGUUAAGGGAGAGGACGGGUUGACUCGUCUCCUGUAAUAAAGCUGACAGUUCUAGAGGAUUCUGCCUCUCUAUUAACUAGACAGGUGAUACGCAUUUCCUUGCCACAUUAAGGGAAAAUGGUGUCAUUUGUUGCAGGAAAACAAUGGAUGCAUUUUCUCCUGGCCUAAAUGAAUAUUUAUGUACAAACAUAGGCAACUGUUAAAGGCUAGAAUUUUCAAAAGAUCCAAACAGAGACUUCGUGCAUCUUCUGCCUUUCCAACAGAAGCGGUGAUCGUCUCAGUGUGAGCCAGUGGCUUCCUUUGUGCAUUUGAGCAUGCUGUAAUUAAGAUGAGAUCAGUUUCUUAGAAAAAGCUUUCCCGAAUCCCUCUUUCGUCGUCUGGGAUCUUUGCUGAUUCGCCUUUUCUGGAGAUUGGGACAGAGCGUCUGUGGUCCAGGGCAGUUAGUCCUCUGGCCUUGAGGGUGUUGUGGGUGUGUGUGAUGAGUGGGCACUGCGUGCCUCGGGAUGCUAGUUCGUGGCUUCCUGGCUGUUCUGUCCUUCUGUAUCUUGUAGCUGUAGGGUGCCAGCUCAGGUGGGGGGGUCUUGGCGGCGUUUCUGUGGUUGGCCUCCUUGCUUUGCCGCACCUCCAGGUUCUGGGCAUGAGAGGCCAUGGCCUCGUUUCUGGUGGAUAACCUCUUUAGUUUAAUAGCAUCUUUAAUUAGAUCACAGCAUUGAAUUCAACAUUUCUUCUGCAAAGAAAGUUGUGGGGCAUAAGACACCAGGAACGAGGGAGGAGGAAGACAGUUUUGUUUUCUCUUUAAACCUUGAGCUCUAGCCGAUGCAUUUGUCAGGAAAUUCGAUACUUUGUGUUAAGAAAACAAGGAAAGAGGCCUGACACAGUGGCUCACGCCUGUAAUCCCAGCACUUUGGGAGGUCAAGGCGGGCGGAUCACCUGAGGUCGGGAGUAUGAGACCAUCCUGACCAACAUGGAGAAACCCCGUCUCUACUAAAAAUACAAAAUUAGCUGGGCGUGGUGGUGCACGCCUGUAAUCCCAGCUACUUAGGGAGGCUGAGGCAGGAGAAUCGCUUGAACCCCGGAGGUGGAGGUUGCGGUGAGUCGAGAUCGCGCCACUGUACUCCAGCCUGGGCAACAAGAGCGAAACUCGGUCUCAAGGAGAAAAAAGAAAGCAAGGAAAGAGUAAUUUACAACCAAGGAAAGAAACCCACAGCACACCCUUCGCGGCUGUCAGCGCUCUCCUGACAUCACAGUGGCUGCGUGUCCUUGGGGUGGGUGAGGUGUGGGGAGCCAAGCCCCUGGCCCUGCCUCCUGCGCCCCGCCCCGCUUCUCUCCCUUCUCGGUUAAGCCAUAGCGAGGCCUCUGCUCGUUUCAGAUGUGAAUUUGUUUUAUAGAUUAUAAAUAUGCAUAUACAGUGUAUGUAUAAAGCAGAAUGCCUGCCUUUCCUGGUUAUUUUUUGUACCAUAUUGUAAAUUAUAUUAUUUAUUCUUUACCAAUUUUGGGAAUAAAAGGUGUUUUGGUUAUUUAAUAUAAUAAGAGCUGUUAAACUUCUGUUUAAAUUUCCAGUUCAACUUGUAAAUGUUUUUAUUGUGCAUAAAUACAUACUAAUGUUGAUCUAA